CGCCACUCGACAGCCCACCAUGUCGCACAGCUCCGAGAGCAUCGACAAGAAGGACAUCACGUCCACCGCGUCCCCCGCUCCCGAGGAUGCGUCCAUCGCGAAGGUGGAGGAGGCGUACAACCCAGAGCUCGUCAAGGCGCUGGAGAACACCAAGCUUGACCCGCUCAGCAGGCGCGCGUUCUCGCUCUACUUCGUCAUCAUGGUCGGCUUCCUCAACGCUGCUUCGUCCGGCUUCGACGGCUCGCUCAUGGGCGGCAUCAACGCCAUGGAACAGUACCUCGACUACUUCGGCUACGAGUCGACCGGAGCUUCAACGGGCAUCGUCUUCAUGAUCUACGUCGUCGGCAACUGUGUUGGCUCGCUGGUUGCGGGUCCCUGCUCAGACAAGUGGGGCCGCCGUGGGGGCAUGUUUAUCGGAGGCUUCUUCAUCCUGGUGGGCGCUGCCAUCAUCACCGCGGCCCAGAAUCCUGGAUACUUCCUCGGUGGACGAUUCUUACUCGGUUUCGGUAUCGCUAUCUCGACUACAGCCGCGCCCACUUGGGUCACCGAACUCGCGCCCCCUCAAUGGCGUGGCCGUAUCGGUGCUUGCUAUAACUCCUGCUUCUUCAUCGGCUCCAUUCCCGCCACCGGCGCCAUGGUAGGCACGGAGAAAAUGGCCUCGACAUGGGCUUGGAGGUUGCCUCUCAUCCUCCAGGUCAUUCCUCCCUCCAUUGUCAUGGCUUGCGUGUGGUUCUGCCCCGAGAGUCCCCGUUGGCUGAUUUCCCGGGGCCGGGAGGAGGAGGCGCGCCAGGUGCUGGUGGACUACCACAGUAGUGACGGCAAGAUGAACUCGAUCAUCGAACUCGAAAUCGCCGAAUUCAAGGAAGCCAUCCAGGUCAAGACGAACGAGCCCUGGUGGGACUACCGCCCCCUCGUCAACACCGCCAACGCGCGCUGGCGCACCCUCUGCCUCGCGCUCAUGUGCAUCAACGGGCAGCUCGCCGGCAACGGCCUCAUCACCUACUACCUCCCCGUCAUGAUGGCCAACGCCGGCGUCACGUCCUCGCACCAGCAGCUCGUGUACAACUUCGCGAACUCGAUCCUGUCGGCGUUCGGCGCGUUCACGGGCGCGGCGCUGACGGAUAAGCUGGGGAGGAGGAGGCGGUUGUAUAUUGGGGCGUUUGUGCUGGGCGUGCUUUUGGCGAUGGUGGCGGCGCUGUCAUCCGAAUACGGCAAGAAGGGCAACACGAACAUCCAGGGCGCGAACGCGUCUAUUGCGCUCGUUUUCCUCUUCGGUAUCACCUACAGCUUCACCUACACUGGCCUGCAGGCGCUAUACUGCGCUGAGGUGAUGACCCAAGAGAUGCGUGCGAAGGGCAUGGGACUGCACAUCCUCAUCUCAAACUGCGCGGGCUUCAUCAACACCUUCGCGAACAGCGUCGGCCUAAAGAAGCUCGGGUGGAAGUACUAUUUCGUCUUCGUUGCCUGGGACUUCGUCGCUUCCGGCCUCUGGUUCUUCUUCUGCGUCGAGACUCGGGGACGCACCCUCGAGGAGCUCAACGAGGUCUUCGACUCGCCAUACCCUGCAAGGUACAGCGCGAAGAAGCUGAAGGUCGCAGUGAAGGCAGACGGUGACAUCAAGGUCGUCGGCGAGGCAUGAUGCACGACUAUACUACCCCGGACGAACGCUGCUUCCGCUCUGGGACGACGAUGUUUCUCUUGGAUUCGUGAGGUACUUGCUAGGAUUACUUUGGGUAGUUUAAUUUAUUGCGUAUACGAAAGGAUGAUGCUCUCGCCCAAAGGUAUUAUGUAUGAGUCAGUGGGUCAUGA